AUUUAAGGGCGCACCGCUUCAAGCGCCUUGGGUCUAUCUCUCACUCACCAGCUCCAUCACCUCAAGACAUUCAACCCCAACAACACCCAAUAAGCCUGCACUUGCUCCCCAAAAAUAUACCGCCCUAAGCCAUCAUGAACUGCCUCCUCUACGCCGCUUGCUUCUUGGCCGUCCUUCAGUCGGCUCUUUGCACCAUGCCGACUCUUGCUCCGCGAGCCGACCAAGUCGCAGCCGCCCACAAAGGACAAUCGGACGAGAAAUGCUACCUUGGGUGCCUUGGCUGGUUUGGCAACACUUUCAACCCCUGGAUCUUUGGAAACUCCUACCUCACUUACCCUUACUACGACUACUCCUUUGGUCUUAAUAAUGGCUACAAUAACUUGGCCUUCGCUGGCGGUCUUGGUGGCGGUUAUGGAAUGUUCAAAAAGGACGCUUCAGAACCUAACAAACACCAGGAAACAUCGGCCUAGGAUCGUCGUGUUCUCGACUUGAGGACUUCCUAAUUACGAAUUAUGUGUCACAACAGCAACUGAUCUGUUAAUCCAUUGAUGUAUAGAAUAUGCUUUAAUUCUCGUUUUUCCUAUUCAUAAUGACCAAAGAAUAAAUAUGUUCUCCAAAUGUAUCGAUUCUUUCAAUAAACAGCACUGCAUAUAUAUUUCACCUCUAUGACUUUCCAUUAAUUGUAUCGUUCCCCCUUUCAUGUAACAUCAAUGCUGAAAGCGAAACUGAUCCAGUAGACGAGAACCUUCAUCUCUUCUUGCUACCUUUGAUGUGUG